CACCCGAGGACCCAGCCGGAAGGAUCGUUUCGCGGGCUUUCUAACUGCCCGCAAUUCCGCUCCCCCCUUCCAGCAGCGGUGACUCCGCGCUUUUCGGCCCGCCCGCCGGGUUCUGCGCAGGUGCGCUGGAGAGGGGCGGGACGCGCGGCAGAAACGUUGAGGGGCGGGGCGGGGCGAGCCAAUCAGAGGAUUUAUUUCCGGGUGGCGUGGGCGCCAUUUUGUGGGGAGGGAUAUAAACGGGCGGCGAGGAAGCCGCUCGCCCGGUUGCUUCUGUGCUCCAGGCGGCUGUUAGUGUCGUCCGCUCGCGUCCUCUGUCAGGCCUUUCAGAAACGUUUCCACGCGGAAGCCAACUGCCAGAAUUGAGGCGCGGCGUCGAGCCGAGCUAGUGUGAGGAACCCGCUGCCGCCGCCGCCUCAGCUGAGUGCGCGGGCCCGCCCAGGGCGUUAGUUUCUCCGCGCGCAGUUGCGAGGCCCGGCCGACUCUCCAGAGCCAUGAGUUACGGUCGCCCGCCUCCCGAUGUGGAGGGUAUGACCUCCCUCAAGGUGGACAACCUGACCUACCGCACCUCACCCGACACUCUGAGGCGCGUUUUCGAGAAGUAUGGGCGCGUCGGCGACGUGUACAUCCCGCGAGACCGCUACACCAAGGAGUCCCGCGGCUUCGCCUUCGUCCGCUUCCACGACAAGCGCGACGCCGAGGACGCCAUGGACGCCAUGGACGGCGCCGUGCUGGAUGGCCGCGAGCUGCGGGUGCAGAUGGCGCGCUACGGCCGCCCGCCGGACUCGCACCACAGCCGCCGGGGACCGCCCCCCCGCCGGUACGGGGGUGGCGGCUACGGACGCCGGAGCCGCAGCCCUAGGCGGCGUCGCCGCAGCCGAUCCCGAAGCCGGAGCCGCUCCAGGUCCCGGAGUCGAUCUCGCUACAGCCGCUCCAAGUCUCGGUCUCGCACUCGCUCAAGAUCGCGGUCAACCUCAAAAUCCAGAUCGGCGCGGAGAUCCAAGUCCAAGUCGUCCUCGGUCUCCAGAUCUCGCUCGCGGUCCAGGUCCAGGUCCAGGUCCAGGAGUCCUCCGCCCGUGUCCAAGAGGGAAUCCAAGUCCAGGUCGCGAUCCAAGAGUCCCCCCAAGUCUCCUGAAGAGGAAGGAGCAGUGUCCUCUUAAGCAAACGGUAAUGUCCAUGGGGAUCCGAAGUACUUAAGUACACGUGACCCGAAUUCAGAAAUGGGGUUUGGAGUAGUUUUUUUUGAUCCGUAUUAAUAGAAAAGUGACUCCUAAUGUUAGGAGUGCUGCUGCUCUGAGCUAACUCAGCUUUGGGAGUAAUACUGAAGAGGGGUCUGCAGAAAAGAUGUGUAUAAAGCUUAGAUAAUAAUGGCUGUUUCGUAAACUGUUUGAGACCUAUUAAUGAAAAUGACUAUUUCUUGCUGUUUUUAUCCAACGUCUGCAUUUUCCCCUUUAAAGCUGCGGUCUCCUGUUUGAUAAAAGAAUAUUGGCCAGUAUUGCAGAUUUUAACUGAUUUGGCUGAUCCUCCAGGGACCAGUUUCUGUGGGCGUGUAUUGGAGCAGGUUUGUCUUUAAAUGUUAAAGAUGCACUAUCCUCUUAGAGAAAACGAUCAGUUCAACUAUUGUUGUACUGACUGGGACUUCAUUAUUCUAAUGGAUGUGGCAAACGAAUUGCAAAAAGAAGCAAUGAACUUUUGGAACCCCCAAAAAGUUUACAGGUAUUGCACUGGGUGGGGAAAGGAUAGUGUGUCUUUAACUCUCGAAUUGUUUGGUCCUAUUUUUUAAAAGGAAAGGGCCCUAAGUCGCUCAGAUAUUAAAGCAUUCUCAAUUGCCAAAUGUUUUCAUUUGAAAACUAAAGUUUAUCUUGAAAUGUAGACUAAUUUUCUGAUUUCAAGUUGAUUUUGUUUGGAUACAGCCCUUUUUUUUUUGUCUUUUUUUUUUCCCCUUUCCCCCCCCCCCUUUACCAUUUUUCACCUUGGUUAUUUGGCCAAGAACACCUAAACAGAUUUGUAAGUGCUUGAUGGUAGCCUUUGAAAAAUUUCCUAAUUGGGCCUUUAAAAAACUAAGAAUGGCUGGGUGGAACCUUUUUGUAACCUACUUGUUUCACCAGAGCCUUAGUAAGUACAUGCCUGAAAUUGAAACCAUGUGCACUUUGGGUGACUUCAUAGUAAUGGAAGGUAAACUGAACUUCUUUCUUUUCAAACCUAGAUGUGUCGACAAGCAACUUAACAGAAAACUUGGGGGAAAAGGACCACAUACUCAGUUCAUCAAAGAGUCCUUGGAACAAGCAACUGGCUGUUGAAAAGGUUAUUUUGUAACAUUUUGUCUAACUUUUUAUUGUUUUAAGCUUGCCUCAGGUGGCAAACUUCAUUUUAUGUGCCAUUUUGUUGCUGUUAUUCAAAUUUCUUGUAAUUUAGUGAGGUGAACGACUUCAGAUUUCAUUAUUGGCUUGGAUGUUUGAGGUAAAAUUUCCUUUUUGUUUAUAUAGUGCUGACUUUUUUUGUUUGAAAUUAAACAGAUUGGUAACCUAAUUUGUGGCCUCCUGACUUUUAAGGAAACAUGUGCAGCCAUUACACAGCCUAAAGCUGUCAAGAGAUUGACUCAGCAUUGCCUUCAUUCCUUAAAAUUAAAAACCUACAAAAGUUGGUGUAAAUUUGUUUGUAUGUUAUUUACCUUCAGGUCUAAUGGUAAUCUGAACCCAAAUUUGUAUAAAGACUUUUCAGGUGAAAAGACUUGAUUUUUUUGAAAGGCUUGUUUACCAAACACAAUUCUAAUCUCUUCUCUUAUGUAUUUUUGUGCACUAGGCGCAGUUGUGUAGCAGUUGAGUAAUGCUGGUUAGCUGUUAAGGUGGCGUGUUGCAGUGCAGAGUGCUUGGCUGUUUCCUGUUUUCUCCUGGUUGCUCCUGUGUAAAGAUGCCUUGUCGUGCAGAAACAAAUGGCUGUCCAGUUUAUUAAAAUGCCUGACAACUGCACUUCCAGUCACCCGGGCCUUGCAUAUAAAUAACGGAGCAUACAGUGAGCACAUCUAGCUGAUGAUAAAUACACCUUUUUUUUCCUACCCCCCCCCAAUGGUAAAAAUGAUCAUCAUGUAUGAACUUAAAAUACGAAAAAUGUUUAAGGAAGCAAAUGGUUUGUAACUUUGUAAGUACUUAUAACAUGGUGUAUCUUUUUGCUCAUAUUCUGUACUAUAACCAUUGUUUCUAUAGUUUAAUUAAAACGUUUUCUUGGUGUUAGCUUUUCUCAGAA